AUGGAGGCUGAUUUUCAAGAGGUCCUUUCUCGUUUAGGAUACAAAGGAGCCCUCCCGUCCCUUGGAGCAGCUGCUAAUAAAAGAAUAGAAUCAUUUAUGAAAUUAAUAACUCAAGAACUGAAAUCAUGUGAGGCUUUAACAGGAGAAGCAAAGGAAAAUUUUGAAGAAUUAGUAAGACUUAAUAAAGAACUUUCUAGGGAGGAUUUUAGGAAAGUCCUUAGGAAACGUCAAGACGCCAAGUUAAAGAGCCAAGAGAAAUACGAACUGGAGGCUAAGGAAUUAGAAGAGAGAGCACAAUCACUUAAAGAACAAUUACAAACACUUAAUCAUAUUCAUAGACUAAUGAGCAUGCAGAAUGAGAAGUGUUUAAGAGAGUUUGAAGCAGCUGGAAACAAUUUGAAAUUGCUUCAAAAUGAACACCAAGAAGCAGCACUAAAAUCAGAAGAAGCAAACACAAAAUUCAUUCAGUCACUUACUAACCUCAAGGCCUCCAUGAAUAGACUCAUUAGUCUCUAUAGCAACCAGACCAGCCCUCAAACAAGAGAGAGGAAGAGAGAGGGAGAGAGAGAGGGUCCCUCAUGUUCUUUAUUAUCCUGCACGUCACUCGAACCUUAUUACAAAGCAGAAGAAGAAUUCAUGAAGUGUUUGACUGACUUUGCUAAAAAGCAAUUUUUACCAGGUAUGUCUAAAAUGACUGAUCUCUCUGACACGGCUGACUUUGGUUUAAAAGAUGAAGAGGAGUUGUCCCAAUAUCUUACCAAACAGGAGUACGAUAAACAAUCAGAGCAACUCAAACGACUCCAAACAAUUUACCCUAUUGUACAGACCCAGUUGAUACGUCAGGAGGUUAAUAAAAGUCAUUUUGCAGCUGCUUCUAAGAGGACGAGGGAAGAGAUAGAGGAGAUUAAGAGUGGGAGGGGCUUGGUCAGUCUUGAGACUGAGGCUCUGAGUGAAAGAAUCCAAUUGAAUGAAGAGAAGGUUUCCACAUUAAGAGAUAUAAUCCUCUCUUACGACAGCACCUUACCUCCACUAAUAAGAGACUGGGCGUCUUUAAAAACCUCCAGAGUCCUUCACGGUGACUACGACCUAAAAUUAAAAAGACAAGAAUACUAUUUAUCUAAAAAAGACGAGAUCAUUGCUCAAUUAAAAGGUCAACGUGGACGUCAAGAACUGAUCUCGCUGUUAUUAGAGGCGGAGCUCCGUUGCCAUAGAGACGCAAGGGGACUCCUGGAGGCGUGUCACUUGCAAUUGGAGAAAUGGAAAACUGAAGCCAUUGAAAGACAAAAUCGUUUAAGGCAACUGGACGAAAAGCAAAAAGAAGGUGUACAUGUAACUGAUGAAACUGUUGAUCUUUCCAGUGGGUGUCUCUCCCAGUUGCUGUGUGUCGGUGAUCACAUGACUUCUGGUCAUAUGACGAGUGAUGAGAUAGAGACUAAACUUACCGGAUUGAUCAGUGAAAGGAGAGAGAGAGAAGAGGGGAACAAGAGAAGAGAAGAAGAAUUGAAUAAAUUGAUUGAGCUAAUGCAGGAGAGAUUGGGACAGCUGGAAGCUUGCGUGUUUGAAGGAGAAGAAAGAAAUAAGAGCUCGAUCAAGUUUAUUUCAAAAGAAUACAGUGAAUCUGUUGACAAGUUGCAAUCAAUGUUAGCAACCAUCGAAGCCAAGAUCAAAGAUAUUUUGAAAGACAAUAACGAGAAACAAAAAAUGCUCCAGUCUUCUCCACUUCUUGUUGAGAAGAGAAACCUCUUUGUUUAUUUUUUCACAGACCCAGAGAAACUCUCUUCUGUCAUGGCCGAUCUUACUCAUCGUGUUAAUACGCUAGCAACCGCCGUAGAGCUAACAUGAACUUAAUAACUAGACACCGUUUAUAAUGAAAAAACACAACACCAUACAUGAAGGUUGAAAUUGAAAAACAAGAUACAUAAUACAGUGAUAAUAAUAAUAAUAAUAAUAAUAAUAAUAAUAAUAAUA